AUAGAUAGAUAGGCAAUCCAAGGGCAAGAGUGGGAUUAGCAAGGAGAAGAGGAGAGGGGCAUCGGCGAUGUCGUCGGUGUACGUGUUGGAGCCGCCGACAAAGGGGAAGGUCGUGGUGAACACGACGAUGGGGCCCCUCGACAUCGAGCUGUGGCCGAAGGAAGCCCCCAAGGCCGUCCGCAACUUCGUCCAGCUCUGCCUCGAGGGCUACUACGACCGCACUAUUUUCCAUCGCGUCGUCAAAUCCUUCAUCGUCCAGGGCGGCGAUCCCACCGGCACCGGCUCCGGUGGCGAAAGCAUAUACGGAAGUACAUUUGCUGAUGAAUUCCACUCUCGUUUGAGAUUUAACCAUAGGGGUUUAGUUGCAUGUGCAAAUGCCGGCUCACCACAUUCAAAUGGAAGCCAGUUUUUUAUAACAUUAGAUCGAUGUGAUUGGCUUGAUCGAAAGAAUACAAUUUUUGGAAAGGUCACUGGGGAUUCAAUAUAUAACCUUCUUCGGUUGGGCGAUGUUGAGACUGAUAAGGAUGAUCGACCUUUAUAUCCACCUCCAAAGAUCCUUUCUGUUGAGGUACUUUGGAAUCCAUUUGAUGAUAUAGUCCCAAGGAAGGUGCCUGAGAAGCCUCAGUCUCAUAGCAAGGUGGAUGUUGAGGGACAAGAGAAGAAGAAAGCUGUUAGGCAGCUAAAUGUGCUAUCUUUUGGAGAAGAGGUAGAAGAGGAUGAAAAAGAGGCAGUAGAUGUAAAGGAUAAGAUUAAGAGUAUUCAUGAUGUAUUAGAUGAUCCUCGUUUUCUCAAGGAAGAACCGCAAAAAGAACCAUUGACUUCAGCAGAGCAAGAAAAGAAAAAUGAUAUUUAUUUAUCUGUCAGAGAAACUUUAAGCUCCAAGAAAGGUGAUCCUAAGAAUGACCUAGAAGCUAUUUAUCCUGACACUUAUGAUCAUAGCGAUGAUGAUGAGGCCAAGUUUGAUGAACGGAUGCGUUUGCAAAUUCUGAGAAAGCGCAGGGAGCUGGGAGAUAUCAGCACUCGUGAAAAGUUAUCCACCGAGAAAUCUACUUGGAAGGAUCAUGAAGUAUCACCUUCAAGGAACAAUACUGAUGAUACCGAGGGCCAAAUUACAAACAGGAACAAUACUGAUGAUACCGAGGGCCAAAUUACAAAGGUUGAAAAACUAUCUGUAAAGAAGAAGGGCAUUGGCUCAGAAGCUAGGGCUGAACGUAUGGCCAAAGCUGAUGUGGACUUACAGCUACUUGGCCAUGCGGAGCAAGAAAGACAGAUGCAGAAACAGAAGAAGCGCAGGCUCCAGGGUCGUGAAGAAGAUACACUGGCGAAGCUGGAGAGGUUCAAAAAGGCUGUCUCUGCCAAGUUCUCUGGACCUAGCAACAGUGAUUCUAGGGGCAAUGACAAGGAAGAUGAGUCAGGAUGGAUGACAACCAAAUUGAAGUUCAUACCUGAGCCUUCUGAAAAGGAUAAUAUGGCAAGGAAAGAUGAUCCAAAUGAAUAUGUAGUGGUUGAUCCUCUUCUAGAGAAAGGUAAAGAAAAAUUUAACAGGAUGCAAGCGAAGCUUAAGCGACGAGAACGGGAGUGGGCUGGCAAAUCUAUCACCUAGUUGUUUAACCAGAGGGACUUCGCUUUGGGCUGCGUUACCAUCUAUGCAGGAAUUUGCUGUCCGUUAACACUUUUUGAGCCUCGGUAUAUCUUUUGAGGUGUAUGCUUUGGAAGAUUUAUUUCAUUUUGACCUCCGGCAUACCACAGCUCUAGUACGACAGCAGCGACUCUCCCAUGAGCUUGUGAUGUAUAUGAAGUGCCAAUGGCAAUCCACCUGCUCAACCGUAGGGGAGUUCAGAGCUCUCUCUUGGCGUCAUGUGGUGCCAGUAUAGAGGGUUUUGAACUUGUGCAGUUAAAAAAAAAAAUUUGCAAUGGUUAUGUUAUUUAUAUGAUGGAUGGGAUUGUCUUUUUUCUUUCUUUAGCAAAGUACAGAGCAUUUAAUAAUCAUGAGAUGAAAAUUUUGUAAUCAAAGGAGGAUCCUUUCUAUGAAAAAUCUUCAAACUCUACAGAA